AUGGUCUGGGAGCAGGGCGUUUGGGGACCACUGGGGAUGCUGGUUCUGAGACAAAGGGAACCAUCCCUGCAGAGGGCACCACCUCCUGGCUCAGAGCUGGUCGAGGCCUGGUGCCGCCUGAGUCUCUUCCAGACAUGGCUGGCAGGGGCUGGCAGGGCCCUCUCUGAAGUGAGAACUUCCUGGCUUCCUGAUUCCUCGCAACUGACGUUUGGGAGAAGAGCCAGACAAGGAAAUGGGUUCAAGGAGAUUACAAGCCAGGAACGCAAGGUUGCAGAGGAGAGAAGCCCGGUCCUCUCACUCACCAGUCAAGAUUGGAACGAAAACUGA